UCUAUCCAAAUCCUAUAUAUUGCUUCCACUGUUUCAAGUCAUCGGAGCAUUUAUAACAUUACAGCAGUUUGAAGCCACUGUCAAACACUUGAUGAUCAGUAGCUUUGCCACUUGGUUGUAGUUCUAAUUGGCGUCUCUUGGACCUGUCAGUCCUUUCCCACUCUCUCUCUCUGCUCCUCCCACACAGAAAUCCAUCCUUUAGGACGUGCAGGGAGAGCUGCCGACAGUAUCACUUCCUUUGUGCCUUUGCUGGUGAGAGAUGGUCGAGGUCAGAACCUUUCACUCAGGGGCCUACCUUCCUUUUUGUUGUUACGGCCUUUUAAGCUGGUGACCCUGACGGUUCUGAAGGUCAACAAGGGAGACAGGUGCUGCGGGGACAGCAGUCAGCAUUUGUGGGAAGUUGCUGAGGAAUUUUUCACAGACUCAAUGGUGAGUCCCGGCUUCCAAGUGGUGGGAUUCGUCACUUGCGUGCUUGGGUGGUUCAUGGCCUGCGUUACUAUGGUGAUCCCGCAGUGGAAAAUCCGCAGCCUUGACGGCAGUACGAUUCUGACAGUGGAGGAGGGCUGGGAAGGGAUCUGGAUGAGCUGCAUCAACGAUAGUGGGGGUCUCCUGAGCUGCGAUGUAUAUGAUUCACUCCUGGCGCUGCCAUCCGACCUCCAGGCAGCUCGGGCCCUCAUGUGCCUGGCCGUGGCACUGGGCGUUUUAGCCAUGGCGGUGUCAAGUGGCGGCUUGAAGUGCACCAAGUUUGCAAGGGGUGAGGAGAGGCUCAAAGUCUCGCUGACUGUAGCCGGAGGGACUUUAUUUAUCAUGGCAGGAACGUGUGUCCUGAUUCCCGUCUCCUGGACUGCUGCCAAUAUCGUGGCUGACUUCUACAAUCCGCUGGUGCCCGUGUCCAUGAAGACGGAUCUGGGAGAUGCUCUGUUCCUGGGCUGGGGCUCAGCCUGUGUCCUUGUCCUCGGGGGGAGCAUCCUGUGCUGCCCAUGUCCAGCAGCCAGUGAGCACAGCGAAUGGUAUAUGAGGAAUCGUGCUCACUAUCAGCCUGCAGUCCCUGCAAACAGGAUCAACAUCUGAAUCUGCUGUUUACCAUUUCUACAAUAUGGACCAGGAGCAACAUUCAGAAUUCCUGCAACAUUGUCAUCCCAGACAGCGAUGAAGAUUAAAGACAAGUCAUCAAACUAUAUUAAAUUGUGAAAUAAAGUGCCAGCAACAAACCA